AUGUUCAAUUACAUGUCAAAUUAUCAAAAUCCUAAUCCUCAAAAUUCUCAAUUUCCAUCUGUGCCAACAAACCCCGCCAUAUUUUUUCCGGAAACACUGAUUGGGUUUAUGUCCGGAUGUCAAGUUCCACCAGUUUCUACUCAAGUUGGUACUGAAAAAGAAGAAAGGGAUCCAAUUGUGGGAGUUGAUCAAAAAGCUGAGAGUUUUUGGUUAAGAAUCGCUGCCAAUUAUAACCAGUAUCGUGGGCAAUCGCGGAAAAAGUUAGGCGGGCAAUUAAAAUGUCGAUGGCAUCGAAUAAAUGGCUUGGUUCAAAAAUUUGUUGGCUGUUACAAACAAGCUGUUAAUGGAAAAAAAAGUGGGACAUCGAAGAACGAUAUCAUGGUUGCUGCACAUACUUUUUUUGCUCAGGAUGAAGGUACAACAUUCAAUCUUGAUGGGGCAUCAUCGGAUAACCCAAAUACACCUUCAAGUUAUGAGUUUAACUCAUCAUCACCAAUGGAGCGUCCAAUGGGACAAAAAGAAGCAAAAAGGAAGGGUAAGGAAAAGGAAAUUCCAAAUGCAAUGCAAGAUGCAAGGAUUAAAAGAGCAGCAGCAAUGGAAAGACUAGCUCAAUGUAAGGAGGACAAGCUAGAACUAAAGGCAAUGAAUAUCAUCAUGAAAGACACUUCUACUAUGAAUGAUAAUCAACGAGAUAUUCAUGAAAAAUAUUGUAAUAAGAUGGAAAAAGAAUAUGGAAUGUAG